CCAGUCCACAUGCGGGCGCGGGGCUGUCUUUUCUGGCAGGGAAGAAGUUUCCCGUCAUCACGGAAGCGUGGACCACCUCCACCCGCCGACAGACAGAUAGACCGACAGACAGGUGAUCGGGACCGACGGACAGAUAGACCGACAGACAGGUGAUCGGGACCGAGCGCCAUCACGUCGUCCCUGCUGAAGAAGUUGUCUUUGAUCUCCCGCCGAAAGUAAGCGGAGGAAGAGGAGGAAGGAUCCAGCUCAGCGUUGUGGAACUCAAGGAUAUGAUCAUCAGCUUUGGAGGAAUGUUGGAGUUCGCCGUCAUUCGAAAAGCCAUCUCUUUCUUUCUCUGCGGGUUGGCGACGACAUUGGGUGCUUCCAUUGUCUUUUUUGCCAGAGUAGCUAAUCGCGUGCUAUUGGCUGUAUCGUUGGGAGCGUCAGGAGGAGUGAUGCUGUUUAUCUCAUUCUAUGGUCUGCUUUCCAAGACAUCGAUAGACUCUUUUCAGGCUGCUGGCCUGUCAGCCGGUUAUUCGAGGCUUUACGCCCUUGUAUCCUUUUUCUCCGGCAUAAUGCUGUUGAGACUUUUGGAUUGGUCGUUGCAUUGGCUGAGCGAGUUUGCCGCGAGCAACAAGGUUGACUUGCCAGAGUUGGCCGCCAUACAUGGGGAUGAACAUGGCCUGCCUCAGUGGGUGAGGUCGGCGGAAGAUCAAAUCCGUCCCGACAGCGAAUCUUCUUCUUCGGACAGAGAACAGAUGGUGGAGGUUGCAGAUGAGAAGGGUGGCGAUGUCGAGAGAGGAGAAAGCCCGCAAAAGAUGGUCCAGGACAAAAACCAUCACUCAGUCCCUCCAACGAAAGCAAUGUCUACCCUUGCCUCCAAAUCUCCUAGCUCUGUUUGUCUCAUUGCAGAUGCAUCGAAAUGUGAGCAUGACCAAUCAGCGGCCCUUGCGAUGCCGGCGAAUCGCACUCAUCCCGACCAACUCACAAGCCUGAUGCGAACAGGAGCACUUACUGCAGUUGUUCUAGGUCUGCACAAUUUUCCGGAAGGAAUCGCGACUUUUGUUUCUGCACUGCAAGAUGCCAAGUUGGGGGUUACGAUGUGUCUGGCGAUCGCAUUGCAUAACAUACCGGAAGGGGUUUGUGUAGCAAUGCCAGUAUAUUAUGCCACCAAGAGCAAGUGGAAGGGGUUCUUCUGGGCCUUCAUCUCAGGAAUCGCCGAGCCGGUAGGUGCAGUGCUGGCCUAUGCUGUGCUUUCUAAUCACAUGAACGACACGGCUUUUGGAGUUCUAUACGCUGGGAUAGCCGGGGUGAUGGUUGGCAUCGUUCUGUCCGAGCUCCUGCCCGCAGCGAGGAAGUACGACCCUCAAGACAAAGUGGUUACCACGAGUAUCAUCUGUGGUAUGUUGGUGAUGGCCGUGAGUCUCGUUCUCUUCGACCUCCCCUCCUUCUAGAUGCUGUGCUGUUCCUCCGGAAGAGGAAAAUGCUGCGCUGCCUUUAUCUUACCUCCAAAUGACGGACACAUCGAUGGUUUCAGUCUUUGUUUGUUCACGGCUUGUUUCUAGCACAUACAAGCACACAUCGGACCUCCACGUGGUGGAGAUGGUGUUUUCCAUGACCGCUUCAGCUCGCAGCUGCUGUGCCCAGCCAGCUGUCAUGCAAGGGUGGGUUCAGAAUCUCUUUGCUUGGUCUUCAUUUAGCUGGAAGACAUGCUUGUGCUAGGCAACGAGCAUCUAGUAAGGUGCUUGGUACAUCGGGGAAGAGUGAAAAUGCCGCACAAAGUCGUGAUAGGGAGUGCAGCAAUGCCAUGUUCUUCACCGUUUCUUAUGACACCGCUAUUUGUGUUGUCAUUUGCGCGCUUUGUGCUGUGCUGUAGGAGAUCGAACCAUAGCCUAGCUGCAGCUCUUUUCUUUCAAGCCUGUCUCUCCUUCUUAAAGCAUUCCGUUGCUUCAGUCCAGUUGGUGGAUGCUCCUACCCCCUCCUUCCCCGCCCCCUGCACCCCCCCCACCGUUGACAUUCUGUUGCAGUCAAGGCACGCUUAGGGCAUGAACUGACUUCCUGCCCUAACUCUGCUGUGUAGAAAUUGACUCUUCGUCAUUUCUGUAGAUUCGUGUAGAACUUCUUUCGCGUUAAACGGGUUCUUCUCCAGUCGGUGCACUCCCUUUUGCUUUGCCCCACUGCUCUCCCUCUUCCUUGUCCCAUUUCUGCUGGCUACUUUUGUGGGAGUUGAAAUGGGAACAACUUCCGGGUGGUAGGUAAGUAGAAAGUACUAGAAACUGUAGAAUGAAUGUGUCCUUCGGGACAUCCGUUAAAAGUGGAACGAUACAGAGAAAAUUAGCAUGGCCCCUGCGCAAGGAUGACACGCGUAAAUUGAGAAAUGGUCUAUUUUUUUUUAAGGAAAAAAAAAAAAACCUGUAGAAUGAAUCUGAAUGAUGCCAAAAAUCAGUUAUUAAAAGACAAAAUCACCUGGACCACAUUUCGGGUGUUCUCGGUCGCUACUCUGUAGCAUUUGUAAUUUUGUAAUCAAUUCAUCGUCGGUGCCACGUGGAUGUCCUUCUCUCAACGCCGAGGUGAAAGAAGUGGAGGGAAAGGAGGAAGGUAGGUAGGUGGUUGAACCGCUCGUCAUCACAUUGCAUGGCAUGUACGCUUCCCCCAGACAGGAUGAGCCAGGGUUUCACAUCCUCCGCAGACUGCAGCUCUGCUCUGCUUCUUUCGAGUAGUCGUCUGCUGUGGGGAAACGUUUUUUUGUUGGAGAGAUUGUUUUUUUCUGCUCGCUGAAACAAGCAGCUAAUGGAUGCUGUUCCGUUAGCAUCGGCAGUAUGGUGCUGUCAUCUGAUAAAAAGGUCCCAAGCAG